UCCGGCGUGUCGCCGUGGCCCCCCGCCCGGACUCCUUUCUGGGGCGCACGCGGAGCGCCCCGCCCCUUCCUGCGGCGCCUGCGCAAGGCCGGCGGUCACCCGGGGGCUGCAGCGUGAGGCCGAGCGGUCUGUCUCCGGGGAGAGGAUGGCGACCGACUCGUGGGCGCUGGCGGUGGACGAGCAGGAGGCGGCCGCCACGGCCUCGCUGAGCAACUUACACCUGAAGGAGGAGAACCUCAAGCCAGAUGCCAACGGAGCCGUUGUCAAGACAAGGGACAGUGCAGAGAAGACGGAAGAAGAGGAAAAAGAGGAUCGGGCUGCCCAGUCCUUGCUGAACAAGCUGAUCCGUAGCAAUUUGGUGGACAACACGAACCAGGUGGAGGUGCUGCAGAGGGACCCCACAUCGCCCCUGUACUCGGUGAAGUCUUUCGAAGAGCUGCGCUUGAAGUCCCAGCUGCUCCAGGGGGUCUAUGCCAUGGGCUUCAACAGGCCCUCCAAGAUCCAGGAGAACGCCCUACCCAUGAUGCUCGCGGAGCCCCCACAGAACCUGAUUGCCCAGUCCCAGUCCGGCACCGGGAAGACGGCAGCUUUCGUCCUGGCCAUGCUUAGCCGGGUGGAGCCGGACCACAAGCAUCCCCAGUGCCUCUGCCUUUCCCCCACGUACGAGUUGGCCCUCCAGACCGGGAAGGUCAUCGAACAGAUGGGCCGGUUCUACCCUGAGCUGAACCUGGCCUACGCCGUCCGGGGCAACAAGCUGGAGCGUGGCCAGAAGAUUGCCGAACAGAUCGUCAUUGGCACGCCAGGCACCGUCCUGGACUGGUGUUCAAAGCUCAAAUUCAUCGACCCCAAGAAGAUCCGGGUAUUUGUUCUGGACGAGGCCGACGUCAUGAUCGCCACCCAGGGGCACCAGGACCAGAGCAUCCGCAUCCAGAGGAUGCUUCCUCGAGAUUGCCAGAUGCUGCUCUUCUCGGCCACCUUCGAGGACUCGGUGUGGAAGUUUGCCCAGAAGGUGGUUCCCGACCCCAACAUCAUCAAGCUGAAGAGGGAGGAGGAGACGCUGGACACCAUCAAGCAGUACUACGUCCUCUGCAGCAGCCGGGAGGAGAAGUUCCAGGCCCUCUGCAACAUCUACGGGGCCAUCACCAUCGCCCAGGCCAUGAUCUUCUGCCACACCCGCAAGACGGCCGGCUGGCUGGCGGGGGAGCUGUCCAAAGAAAGCCACCAGGUUGCCCUCUUGAGUGGGGAGAUGAUGGUGGAGCAGCGGGCGGCCGUGAUCGAGCGCUUCAGAGAGGGCAAGGAGAAGGUCCUGGUGACCACCAACGUUUGCGCCCGAGGCAUAGACGUGGAGCAGGUCUCUGUGGUGAUAAACUUUGACCUCCCAGUGGACAAAGACGGCAACCCAGACAACGAGACCUACCUGCACCGCAUCGGCCGCACGGGGCGCUUUGGCAAGCGGGGGCUGGCCGUUAACAUGGUGGACAGCAAGCACAGCAUGAACAUCCUCAACCGGAUCCAGGAACAUUUCAACAAGAAGAUUCAUAAAUUGGAUACAGAUGAUUUGGAUGAGAUUGAGAAAAUUGCUAACUGAAGGGGGCAGCCGAGGGGAUGGGCGUGCCCGCCUUCUGCCCCGUGGCCCUCCCACCCAAAAUUGGCACGUCGUCCCGACGGGCGCAUCUCCUCACCAGCCACGUGCGAAAUGGGGCAUCCCCCAAGAUCACAAGCACUGCAGAAAUUACCUAAACCAACAACAGUGCAGCUGGACUUUAAUUUCCAAAUUUGUGCAAGCUGGAGAACGGAAGAUACAUUUCUCAAAGAAAUGUUUACAGUAACUUUUCACUUUUUUCUUUUUGUUUUAGCCUUAAGAAUGGGGGAACCUCUUCAAUUAUGAAGAUGCCAAAAAAAAAAAGUAGCCAAUAAUUAGAAGGGAUUUUAAUGGCAGGACUAAAAGGAGUACGUGGAAGAUUGGACAGACAAAUAUCUAAAGCUUAUGAUUUUUUUUUCUUUUUUUACACUUCAAAGAGAAGAGCAAAUGUCCAGGCUAGUUUCCUGAUGGGAAUGUGUGAUGUGGGCAGAGAUUGCCAUUUUUACUCAAGGAAAAUCACUGCUUGUUUUCUGAUUCCCCCCCCCCUUGUUGAUGGAAUGGUUGCCUGUCUUUUCAAUCUUAUCCUUUUUCUCCUUCCUGAGAAACUUUGGAGAGCUGCAACCCCACGUGGGGGUCUCAAGACGCCGGCUUGCUUUUGGGGGAUGGCGGGGAAGGGAAGCCAAAACCUGGGCAGGUUCGCAGGACUUCCCAGGCCCCUGGGGAGAGAAAGAUGCUGUUUCGGGAACAGCCUGGUGGGGACGAAGAGAGCUGAUGCUGACCCACGUCUAGAGGGAACUCUUGUCAGCUCCAAAUAGAGACGGGAAGAUGAAAUAAGAGGUUUGGGCAGAAAUGAGGAGCGGCUCAAUGGGAGACGUGUUUGUGGGUGCUGUAAGGCUGAGCUAAAUCUCUGUUUGGGGGCCUCCAGAGGAAGUCCCGUGGGUUGCAAAGGAAGGGUGGGCAGGCAGGCAGGCAGGCAGAUGGGUUUAUAGCUUCACCUCUGGAGGGGCAGGUGUGUCCCCCGAAGGGCUGAGGAGCAUCAGCUUCCUCCUAAGGAGCUCCAGGUUUUAAUUGGGUCUUAAUUUCUUCCCCGCGUCCCAGCAAGUCCCUCUCCCUGUUCAUCGUUGAUGGGGCAUCAGGCCACCGGUGUGCAUUUUGGCUGUCUGUGUGUUGUUGGUUGCUACCAAAUUGAUUUGGCUUUUGGGCGGGGGGGGGGACAGAGAUCAUGCCUACAAUUGCAGUGACCCCAGAUGGUGUUCAUUCAGGGGGGCUGAGGAGGCUCAGUGGAGGCUGCCUUUUCGUCUUGGCUCCGCCGUGGCAUUCUCGGGCAGGCGCAGCGAGGGCUGGAUCGGAUUUCUUCUCUCUCUCUCUUUCUGUGUGGCACGGUAGAAUGAAGAGUAUUUUUAUUCAUGCUUGGGUGGGGGUAGAGGCAGAAGAGCUUCUGGCUUCCUGCUUGAUUCGGGACCCUUUUUUAAAUCGAUUGAGAAUGUUGAGUUUUUAAUCCCUGCGUUUUAGAGGAAGCUGGGAGUGAGGUGGGGAUUCUUUUCAUGCAAAACAGGACAUGUGCGCCCUGCUCGUUUUAGAAAUGUACCUAAAUUUUUAGGAUGUUUGUGCACAGCCUCUUCCUCAGUUUCUGUCCACAGCUUUAGGGGGGUUUGGGGAGUGGGAGGGGGUUCAAGUGGGUUAAAAAAAAACAUAGCUGUCCAUAGAGUUUGUAUGCUGGGGCAUACUUAUUUUUAUUCCACAGGAGCUAACAGGCAGGCGUGGGCUGUAUGUGGCAGGGAGUCUUCGACCCACUCUGGCCACACCAGGUGACCAGGCGAGCCGGACCCAGAGGGGGGUGGGAGAGGCGGCCAGAGCUGCUUUCCAAUGUAACUUCUCCCUUGAAUAAAGACCGCAGGAGACUUCUUGACACCCA